CCUCUGAAGAUGGCCUUUGUCCCUGCGCCCGGCUACCAGCCCACCUACAACCCGACUCUGCCCUACAACCAGCCCAUCCCCGGCGGCCUCAGCAUCGGAAUGUCCAUCUACAUCCAAGGAGUGGCCGAUGAGAAGAUGAAGCGGUUCCAGGUGAACUUUGCCGUGGGGCAGGACCCGGGGGCGGACAUCGCCUUCCACUUCAAUCCCCGCUUCGAUGGCUGGGACAAGGUGGUCUUCAACUCACAGCAGGGUGGCCGCUGGGGCGAAGAGGAGAGGAAGAGGAGCAUGCCCUUCAGCAAGGGGGCCCCCUUUGAGCUGGUGUUCAUGAUCAUGGCGGAACACUACAAGGUGGUGGUCAAUGGAAACCCCUUCUACGAAUUUGGACACCGGCUGCCCCUGCAGAUGGUCACCCACCUGCAGGUGAAUGGCGACCUGCAUCUUCAGUCAAUCAACUUUCUCGGGGGCCAGGGCCAGUUCACCCCAAAUCAGGACCGGGGUCCCUUACCCCCCCACCCAUCCCUGCAGGGUCCCGGGCCCAAUCAUCACCACCUGGGCAGCCUGCCUACCAUGAUGGGACCCCCUACCUUCAACCCGCCUGUGCCAUUCACAACGAAGCUGCAUGGGGGGCUGACGGCCCGGAGAACCAUCAUAAUCAAGGGCUACGUACUCCCCACGGCCAAGAGCUUUGCCAUUAACUUCAAGGUGGGGUCCUCGGGGGACCUGGCUCUGCACAUUAACCCCCGCAUGGGUGAGGGCGCCGUGGUCCGGAACACCUGUGUGAGAGGCUCCUGGGGCUCUGAGGAGAGGAAGAUCGCCCACAACCCGUUUGGCCCUGGCCAGUUCUUUGAUCUGUCCAUUCGCUGUGGCACGGAUCGCUUCAAGGUCUACAACAACGGCCAGCACCUCUUUGACUACUCCCACCGCCUCCCCGCCUUCCAGACAGUGGACACGCUGGAGAUCAAUGGCGACGUCACCCUGUCCUACGUUCAGGUCUGAUCUGCUCUUGGCGAAACUCCUGGAAAGACAGAAGGAUUCCCCAGGACACCUUCCUAACCCCUAAUAA